GUCAGUUAGCUCUGCUAGCCUAGCUGGUAGCGUUAGCCCCCAAACCCCAGGCGCAGUAAAAUGAAGCGUUAUUGCCCUUUGUUUUUAAAUCGGACUGGCAGACAUUACAUAAACGCUGAGCGCUGAUUGAUCGCGUUAAUACGCGGGUUGAAUCAUGGUGUUCUUAUAUUUUACGGUUAUUUAUUAAAGUAUCGGCCGUUUUCAAAACAUUCUCUGGUUAGUCCAUUAGCUAACCAGCUAACUCUUGAUUCUCCCGCGAGCCAGAAAAGCGAAGACUCCAAAACUUCGCCAACACAGAGCGGUUGACGCAGAGAAAAGGUUGAUAGGUCCUGCUAACAUUAACGUUAGCUAACGGCUGUCAAUAAGCUCUUUAUCUUCAUCCUAGACCCUACUCUGAUGUGAACUGAACCGUUUCAUCUACAAGAAGCAUCCUCUAAAUUCAGGAUCUGCCCGUCCAGGUGUUUUGGGCAUCAAGUCAGGUUUUACUGGCAGUCUGUGUGCUUCUUACCCACCAGUAUGUACAUUGGACAGUGGAUACCCUAGCCGAAACGGAUCCUGGCUUCUCAAAGAUGACAAGGUGCUGGCAGGCCGCAGCUACAAAAUGAUGGGAGGCAGUGAGACUGUCAGCGGGGACAAGGACGGGGUCCACACCACUGCAAUACACGUCCCCAUCGGCUGGCAGAGGAGAGUGGAGGGCGGGCAGGUGAUCUAUGUCAGUCCCAGUGGCAUUGCUCUAUGCUCUCUGGACGAGGUCAAGACCUAUCUGUUGACUGAUGGCACCUGCAAAUGUGGUCUUGAGUGCCCGCUCAUCGUCAAUAAGGUUUUCAGCUUCACUGUGGGAGUGAAGGUGGAGCAGCACAGCCAGCCAUUAGGCAAAGCAGAGCAGGACAUGACCAAACUGUGUAACCACCGCAGGAAAGUGGUAGCAAUGGCUGCUCUGUGUCGGAGUAUGCAGGCCUCACAGCUGCCCUUCGCCAACCUUCAUCAUCCAGAGAUGAGCAGCGGAGUGGACAGCCGCAAUCCAAAGCGAAUACUUGUGGAUCGGGAAGAAGAGGACCGUAGCAUUUACCAUCCCAAACUCCAUCCGGUCCCAGCUCGACCCCACAGCAACCUCCAUAUCAACCCUUCUGCCAGCCCCAAAUCCUCCCACCACUUUAUUUAUCCGUACAAUGGUUCCUCCCUUGUCCUUCACACAGGCACAAACUCUCACCAACCCCUAGAUGCUUUUAGAAGGCUUCAAAAUCCUCCUCCUAUUCCUGCCUCCUCCAGCUCCUCCUCCACCUCCUCAUUCCCAGCGUACAGCCCUGCCCAGAGAUCACCUCGCACCCCCACAUCUCAAGGUCAAAGAACUCCCAAAACCCCAGAGACUCCGGGUUCUCCUCGGCUAGGGCCCCUCUCUACGCCUCCCCCCUCUUCCCCUAUGAGCAUGGGCGGAGGAGGAAGAGGAGCACAGACGCACGCUCAUCAUCCUCAUGGUGUCAUUGUGGGAGGCUCCCCCCUCUCUCCGUCUCCCUCCCUCUCUCCCUCUGUUCACAACAUGAACUGUGUGUCUCCUCACCAGCGGUCCCGCCACCCUUCAGCCUCUCCUUCCCCUCUCUCUGAUCAGGGAGGAGGACUGAUGGGAAGUAACUUGCCUCAGAGGAGGAAAUCCACCUCUUCCUCUCCACACUCCCCUCUCCCCGGUGGCUCCCCAAACCCCAACCCCCACUUCCCUAAGUACAAGCUGGAAGACAUAUUGGAGCAGUUUAAGAACUCAGGCAACAGCAGCACUAAUAACCACCACCUCCUAGUCCCUACGAACCUUUCCUUACUGACCAACCAAAGCAGUAGCAACCCUAAUGCUCCCUCCUCAAAGCCCUCAAAGAGUACCAUGAGUCCGAUUCCACCAGGUUUUGGGUUGAACUCCGCAGGGACUUCUAGUUUACCUCUGGGGCCGUUUCUGAAUCAACAUCACAGCCAUCAGGGAAAGCUGUCGAACCCAACUUCUUUCCCUGCGAGUAGCCUGCUCUCUGCGGCUGCCAAGGCUCAGCUGGCUAACCAGAUAACCCAAGGCCAGGGCUCAAAGGUGGCCAGCAACCUGGUGAGCUUGCCCGCUUCUCUGGAGGUUCUGAAAGACGGACAGCAGCAACAGUCAUCCAAGGUAACAAACAGCACUUUACAUAGUAGCCACCCUCCCUCCUCCAAAGCUUCUACUAGGCCUCCCCAUUCCUCCCUUGCAGCAGCCUCCGUCCUUUUCCCCCCAUCCCACUCUCUGGCCCAGUCCCUGGCUUCCUCCUUGCCCCACCUACCUCCCACAACAGAGCGCAAUGCGUCGCACAGGAAGAGGCAACGGCGAUCUCCCACAGUGCUCAGCAUUCUAAGAGACACCCAGCAGCUGGCUAAUGGGCCGCAGAAGACCCCACCAGGAGACACAGUUAUCAACCUGUCCUCCUCUUCCUCUUCCUUCCCCACCUCCUCGCACUCCUCCUCUACCUCAGCUGUGCAGAACCAGAAUGCUGUCAUGUUAGAAAACCAUCAUCAUCAUCUUCUCCCCGGGCAGACGCCAAGGCUCCCUGUUUCUCGACAGAUGGCACACCUUUCCAGGCCUCCUAGACAAACUGAGGCUCUGGAUUUCACUACAGGCCUGACACAUGCACCUCUUGGCUUGGAUCCUCCAACUCAGCCUCUGUCUGCUCUGUUGCGCCUGCUCAGUGUGCAGAACGCGCAGGCCUCAUCAUCCAGCUCUGCUUCAGCUCAGCCAGGAUCUGUUUCUCAUGAAGGAGGUGGACACACUAAUAAGCAGAGCCCCAGACGGUCGCCCUCUUCUCCCGCCUCUCAUUCUAAUGUCAGGCACUCACAGGCUCGGUCGCCGUGCCGAACCAGUAACACUAAUCCUCUACCGUCGGCGCUUCAGCCGCUUUCUCCUCCCCCGACUUCCUCCCAGUUCAGAUCGGUGCAGUCUCCAACGCGUCCUCAGUCUACUAAAUCAAGUCCUCUACUGAGACAUUCAACACUGCCCAACUCCAAUUUAGCUUUACACAACAGCUGCAGCCCAUCUCGGCAUACGUUCCAGACUCCAGACAAGCAUCAAGCAACUGAGAAUCACAUUCCUACAGUUGACUCUGUUUCGCAGGAACGAUCGCAGGAAACGUCACCACAGGGCACAGAGAUUGGUAGUAACAGCAUCAAUUCAUCAGUGGACCUGAGUCAUUCUCAAGGCUGUGUUUCUAUAUCCAGCUCCCCGAAGCCUCUUGAUCUUAGCAACCAUGUCCUGGCCCUUCUCGCAGCAUCUUCCUCCGUACCACAGGGGGAGGGCAGCUCCUCUGACCAUACCACUGAUGUUGUGAUGUCUUCUCAAGGAAAUCCCGCUGCAGGGCCAGAUGAGUCUAGAUGUGUGGACCCGAAGGGCUCCAUAGCGACCAAACCUCCAGUAGCCACGAGCCCCAGGCCAGCUAUCUCCUCUCGUCUCGGGGAUAAUCACAGUCCUCAUACACCUUCAGCUGUGGGUGACUCAACCUCUCCCUUACCUCUGGCAGAGGCCUUCCCCUUCAUGAACCAAGAGCAGCUGCUUCAGUUGCUGUCAUCCACAGGAGGUCUACCAUCCCUCCUGGACCCAGCAGUCCUAGCUUCAUUGCCCCUAGGGGGGCUGUGGUUGGGAGGGCUACAUGCACAGAUACAUCCUGCCACUGCACCACAACAGACUCUUGCAGAGCAGCAGCAAUCGGAGCAGCAGUUACUGAUACACCAACAAGAGACACAGCAGCAGAACCAGGAUCAACAACAGAAGCAGUUAAACAACAAUCCUCUGUUUCCCUUGUUGCCUUUGUUGAGCGGCGCACAAGGAGAGCUGCCUCUGAACCUUUUGGGCCUGCUGAAUCCACUCCCACCUUCAGCCUCAACCCCAGGACAGGAAGCUGAUUUAGGGCUCACAGAAAAAGCUAGCCUUCAGGCUCUGAUCAUGGCCUCCUUGUUACUCGGGCAACAUCAGGCGCCUUUGUUACCUCUGUCUGGGCUGGGUCAGUUGAGCCAGGUGAGCUUAGACGUUCCUCUCCAGCAGUCACAACACAUCACCACCACAUUGGAAGGCCUCACCUUGGAUAAGACCUCUGGUCUCCUGGAUCCUUCAGCCCUAUCGGGCGCAGGGCUCUUGGAGGUCGCCCAAGGCCUUCUCUCUCUUCCCCCAGGAGCUGAGGGCACCAUCCAGGCCCUACAGUCUCUGCUCCUUUCUGCCUCUCUUCCUCAUCCCCACGCAGCCUUCCUGCCCCUCAGCCCUGCCUUGCUCUCUGCUGCCCUGAGUUCUGCCGAGCUCCACCCGUCUCCCCACACCCAAUUAGCUUCUGCACAGCAAACCCAACAUACCCAACCUCAGGUAUCGACUGAUGCUGGUCUUGACACCCUCAUCCCCCUCUGUCUGCAAGGCAAAGACAACCCCAUCCUCCAACAAUUACUGCCCACUCUGCUUAACUCUGCUGUAUUAGGAGAUCUUUCUGGCAUCACAGGACUCCACAACUUGUUGGGGAUUGGGGCAGGUUCUAUCCUCCUACCUUCAGUCCAGACCUCUGCUUUGGGCAUGCCUCUGCUGCAGGGUCCUGAUGGAGCUAUCAACUUGCUUAACAACCUACAGCUAAACCUUGCACCACCCUCAGAAGGAGACAAGCCAAUGUCAUUGCAGGAAACACAAAGUCCUGCCCCACAGGAAGACAUUCCAGCCAGUCAGAUGGCUCCCGAAGUAGUACCCAGUCCUGUUCCAGCUCCAGUUUCAGCCCCGGCCCGAGAACACAGCCCACCCCAACAGCGGGUAUCUGAGGGCAGGUCUGUUAUCGAUCCUUACACCUCCUUCAUGGACACGAUUUAUACCUCCUUCCUUCAAGUCAGUGCUAAAGAGCAGGAAGGCAGGGCCCACAUGGGGCCGUCUGACCCCACAUCACCCUUCUGUGCCUUACCACCGGUUUCUUUCCCCGUGGAACACCAUACCCCGUCCACCCCUGUUCAAACUCUGCCCCAGGCAAGUGCCCCAAUCUCCCUCAGCCCACGUCGGGCCUGUUCCCUCCGCAACCCAGACUUAUCCCGACUCAGCUUGGAAGCAGCAGCCCAUUCCCCAGCCCAAGGGACGCCCAAACCCACUGACGAUGGGCCUACGUCACCUUUACAAAGGAAACCAGUGAUGGUAGAGGGACACACCCACCCAGAGCCUCCUCUGCCAUCCAUGUACUUUGAGGAGGCUAAGACGGACUGCACGGGGCCUGCUGCGGCUGUGUGCCCUUAUGUGGAGGCGGGGGUAGACAGGCAGGGGUACCUCAGUCCCAGGGAUGGAUGCAGUGGGAGGCCCAAUGAGGAGACCUCUGGGAUGCUGCUGCGCACCGAACAGGGAAGGGAUCAAGCGGGAGCAGUGGGUGGAGCCAGAAGAGGAAGGAAAAGGAAACAAACGCUACAGAAUGUGUUGGAAGACUUCAGAGACAUGGAUGCUACAGCACUAGAGGAAACCAAGGCCACGACAGCACUGCUGAAGCCCGAGAGGUCGGUCCGCGGCAGGAGGCGACGAGGCGCCAGGUCUCAGAGGCAGUGAUCGGUGGAGGGAGCUGGAAGUCACAGCUGUUCACCAAUCAAAGGCGGCCAGGCGUCUCACUUUCCCCCUCCAUCUCUCCAACAUCUUCACCAAUGUUUAGACCCGUCGUUUUUUUUUUAGUUCAACUGCACUAAUAUUAUGCCGUUAUCAUUGUUAUGGCAACCGCUAUGAAAAACACAUAGGAGAGAGAUCUAGUCUGAAACGUUAAUUUAUAAAAAUGUGUAAAAAAAAAAACAAACAAAUUGAAGAGAAAUUGUGUGGAUACUCUUUCACUUAGUUCUUCUCUUAGGGUCUAGUUCACGAAAUAAUGGUUGCUUGACAUUGUGAUCAGAGAUCUGUUAAAUAUGGUUGUUGUUAGAAUUAUAUCAAUGAGAAAACACACAAGAAACAAGAGUAGUGUUUUCUUCUCAUCAGUGUACAACUGAGUCAGGAUGAAGCCCAACUACUUGAACGAUGCUCUCUGUUGAAAGUGUGUCUGUACGUGUGUGUGUGUGUGUGUGUGUCUUUUUAUGCGUCCGAGUGUGUGUUGGACAACGGUGCUACAGCUGAGCCCCUCACUGUCCGACCGUUGGUGGAAGUCAUUCUCAUUGAACGGGGCCCUCAAAGGGUUCUCUGCAGAGACACACGGUGGUUGUAUUUCAAGGAAAUGUUUUGAAGGGUUUUCAGAAGGUGCUGCAAGAGAAUAUAAGAAGGAACAGACUUGAGUUUUCUUUUCUGUCAAAGUAUAGAAUAUCUUUUAUAUGGGACAAGCCAAGGAAAUAAUGUUCACCUUAUCAGGUUUCAUGAGUCCGUUUACAUCAGCCACACAGAAAGUACUGCUUUAACAUAAUUCCAUGUGUCCCGUGAGAUGCUCCCUCGUGGUCACCAAUAAUGUUCUGUACUGAGAAAACAUUAUUUUAAAGUUUCUUUUGUAGAACUUUUGACUCGUGUCAUGAAACGCGUUGGGAUACCCCGACAUGUUCACAGAGUGAAUCUGACAACAUCUGUUUUUUUUUUGUUUUUUUUACAUUUGCAAGGUCCACAAUAAAUGUGGAACAACUCAGAAAAACUUUGAGCAUCAUUUGUCACAUUUCGGCAAACCCACUUGCACUUCACAUGCUGUCAUUUGUCACGGUGAAGAAUUUCACAAAGCUGUGGUGUGAUGGAGAUCAUUUAGUAUCCAUUGAUCUCACACCUCACCCGAACGUCCACUCCUCAGCGGGGAGAUAAAUGUCUGGAAAAGAUAUUGAAUAUUUGCAGGAAUCCCGAGGUCAUACAAAUGACAGAACAGUAUGUCAUUUGAUUGGUUGAACGAACGGCUGGAUAACUGAAACACAGUGAACGAUGACGUCUUGCGUAGAUCUUUUGAGUCUGUGUAUUACUGUGGAUUUGGAGUCAUUUCUUCCCUCUGUCUCCUCAUGUCACUGUUUGAGCUCUCCUCCACACACUGCCCUGCCCCAAGAGUACUGGCAUCUCUUGCUGUAUUUAAAAAAAAAAAAAAAGAAUAAAGAAAGUGAAAAAGAAAGCAGAUUAUGCAAUUUCUACACUUGGAGAUUUGUACAUAUGUACAGUUAAUGUGUUUUAUUUUGAUUUUAUAUUGUUAGAGAAAGAGACAAGAGAGAAAACAAUAAAUUGUGAAUUUUUCUGGGAAUUGUAAUUAAGUAUUUUUCUCAUUCUACCCCUUGCUUUCAAUACUUAUGUUUAAAAAGACGAUUAAAUUGUGGACUGUAGCUUUCUUUUUUUAUAUGGGAGUCUUUUUUUAUUUAAUAUUAAACUAUUUACAGAAAA